AUGCUGAUAAAGUGUAAGACCAAAAGCUCAAGGGUGAAGGGUAUCACCUUCCACCCGAGCCUGCAUUUCCUCUUGGCAUCGAUGCACUCCGGAGAGAUACAACUAUGGAACUACAUGAACUCUACAUUAGUCGACGUAUUCUCCUACCAUGAAGGACCAGUUAGGGGUAUUGAUUUCCAUUUAUUGCAGCCGCUUUUCGUCAGCGGUGGUGACGAUACCAAUGUCGUUGUCUGGGAUUUUAAACAGAAAAAGAUGCUUUUUGCACUAUCUGGACAUACUGACUAUGUACGCACGGUCCAGUUCCACCCAAACUACCCCUGGAUUCUCUCAGCAUCAGAUGACCAAACCAUUAGGAUAUGGAACUGGCAAGGAAGAAGCUGUAUCAGUGUAUUACAAGGGCACACGCACUAUGUAAUGUGUGCUAGGUUCCACCCAAAACAGGAUCUGUUGGUAUCCGCCAGUCUUGAUCAGACGGCCAGAAUAUGGGACGUAACUGUGCUUCGAGAGAAAAAUUGCGCCAUACAGAUGUUAGGUACUCAUUCAUGUCCAAACGUAGUCUCCGAUGUCCAAAUGUUCAGUGUUAACUCUCUAUUGAAUAAGGGAUUCGAUUACACAAGGAGUAACGACAGGCUAUCCUUCACUGAUGUAACUUGCUUGUACAAUCUCUGUGGGCAUGAAAAAGGUGUUAACUGGGCAAUAUUCCAUGAUACCAUGCCGUGCGUCAUCACAGCGGGCGAUGACAAGACAGUCAGAAUAUGGAGGUACAAUGGCCCAAACAUAUGGCAGACCAAUAUACUUAGGGGGCACUACAACAACGUCUGUUCUCUUAUAAUGCAUCCGAACGGUAUCAGCUACCUUCUUUCGGUCUCGGAAGACCGAUCCAUUAAGGUUUGGGACACUAAGAAAUGGACACUGGCACACACAUUUGUAUUGGAAAAGGAUAGAUUUUGGGUGGUGCAAAAUGCAAAGGAUUCAAACUAUAUCGCCGCAGGACAUGAUACAGGGUUUAUUGUCUUCAAGCUAUUUAAAGAAAGACCUAUUGUCACAAUUGUAGGAAACACACUCUAUUAUGUCUGGAAUGAUGUUAUAUAUUCCAGUAAUUUGGACAGAGAAGUUGAUUUGACAGAAGAAGAAUCUCGGAAAGGGAUUGUUACAGCAAAUCAUGGUGAAUCUAUGAGAUGUAGCGCUGUACCUAGCCCAGCUGAAGAAACCAAUUGCGGCCAAACUCUGCAAGAUUUGUUUGGGUUCCACAGGAACAUGCGAGAACACUCACUUGAAGAUCAUGAAAGUACCCAAAUUAUAGACGAUCUCGUAUUUCCAACGCCAGCAGGAGAGUUCUGCAGAAAGAAUCGCACUAAAAUACUGACCCUAAGUGCUCUGAGUGAUCGCGAUACUGUAAUGCAACGAUUCAUGGCCGCGUUACUGACUCGUACGCAGUUGCCUAGUAAUAUCGGAACUUCUGGCGGUCUGAUGUUCCCAUUCGCCAUGUCAUACAACCAUUACUGCCCGGACAAGAGCCUAUUCCUAGUGAACUACACUUUCAAGGGGAGAUAUUUCUACGAGGUCUUGAUGCGUGGACAUUCUUCCACUGCUGGUGCGGGACACAGAGACACGUGCCAUAUUGGAGCAGGAAUAUCGGCAUGUUUUGCUUCACGGGAGUGGUUAGUAGCCGUGGAUCCAUCUAAUGAUGUUGUUACACACAACCUGGAAGAUGGAACAACAGUGGACUUGAAUAUCUACAUAAAGGUAGACAAGGUGUAUUCGAUAUGCUCAGGUAUUGUCGUCAUGUGGUCGAGUGAGAAGAACGUAAUGAUUAUAUAUGAUAUUGAGAACAAGAAACAACUUCGCUUGGCAAGUGUGCCCACUGGGAAACUUUCCAAUGUUCUAGUGUCACAGUCUAAGAAGCUCAUUGCUGCCGUGUUCCGCAACAACGUGACCAUUUACGACAGAGAGUUGGGCAAACUCGCUUCAGAGGACGUCCGUGGUAGGAUUAAAACUGCUGCAUGGUAUGACAACUCUGCUAUUAUCUACGCGACGAGUGACCACCUAUAUUACCUCAUGGUAAAUGGUGACUCUGGGAUUUUGCGCAGCAUAUCAAAACCCAUCUACAUCAUUCGUGUUAAAAAGAAUGCGUUAUAUAUAAUGCAGCGGGAUCACAAGUGCUACAAGAUGGAUAUGGUAUCGUAUGAGUUCAUGUUCAAGUUAGCUCUUUAUUACAAUCAUCUAGAGUCGGCAACAAAGCUUAUAGAAGCGGGAAAGAUACAUGGAAAUGCAAUGGUCGCAUAUCUUAUAGAGAAAAACCGCCCCUCUUUGGCCAGGAUGAUAAUCACAGACCCACGUAUGAGGCUGGAGUUAGCCCUUCGAUAUGGCAAUAUCAAUGAAGCAUUGGAAGACGCGCAGGUAAUCGACGAAGUGGAUUCUUGGAAGAGUCUUGGGGAUGCAGCAUUGGAGCAAGGUAACUGUGUUAUAGCAGAGGUCGCGUUUCAGAAGGCUAAGCUUUUCGACAAGCUCAGUAUGUUGUAUUUGAUUACGGGAAAUACACUAAAAUUGAAGAAGAUGUUGAACAUAUGCAAAUUCAGAAACGACGUUACCUCUACCAUACAACAUGCACUAUAUUUGGGCGACAUGGGUGAGCUCGCGUACAUAUUGAAGGAAAACAAGCAGGCAAAGUUGGCAGAAAUGUGUGAAACCACUUACGGGAUAAAUGGGGAGUCAGGAACUGGGGCAAAACAGGCAGAUACCCAUUAUAUGGUACCACCACAACCAAUUAACAGAUUUGUUGGAGAACAUCUGAACUGGCCUAUUGUACCAACUGAACCCAUUGUUCGUGAGGCUAGGUUUUACGAUGACUGUGACCCAUCGGAGGCCGAUCCUGAUACUUCCACCCAUGGAGAUGCACAUAUCGCGAGGAAAACACAGGUCAAUGUCGACAUUUGGGGAUCGAUCGACGAAUUUGACAAUGUUGAUAAUGUGGCCACUGAAAGCGCUGGUGGUGAGUCUUCCGACAACACUGCAGCGUUUGGUAGAUCACCACUCGACCUAGUGACCAAAGGUGAACCAGACCGCGCGCUGGAUCUCCUGGAACGUUCUUUUGGUUUAUGCAACAGAGCCUUGUUGGCCGACGUUGUGGCACAGGCUCAACAAUCACAAUCGUAUGAUCAAUUAGGAUCUCCAUCCAAUGCAUCCCAGCAUAGAAUGCCUGUUGGCGUCAACCCAGUUCUCAACGACGAGUAUGUUGGUGAGAUAAUGAACAGGGGGUAUGCGCAUGUUACAGCGGGUUCGUUCGAAAACGCCACCACCGAAUUCAGGCUUGCACUUCGGCAUUGGAUUUUCCUCGUGAGCGAGGCUUCACAAGAGUAUAUAGAACAGUGCCGUAUAUACAUCACCGCCAUGAUACUGGAAGCGGAGCGUGAAAAACUGGCGGAUAUCGAUAUACGACGGUCACUUGAACUUGCUGCCUACUUCUCAUGCUGCAACAUGUUACCCCAACAUCAGUACCUGGUAAUGCGACGUACUAUGGGUAUAAUGUGGAAAGCUCAAAACUAUACGACAGCGGCUAAAUUGAUCAAGCGUCUUUUGGCGCAGGAUGUAUCUAAUAUAGAAGGUGCUGAGGAGGAGAUGGAAAAGGCUAAACGGAUAUAUGCACUUUGUGAAAAGAAAGCGAUUGAAAUGCAUUCUUUGGAUUAUGAUGAUUCUGAUGAACGUGAUUUGUCUAUUUGUACGGUAAGUCUGGUGAAAACCAAGGGACGUCCUACAGUGCACUGCGGGUUCUGUGGUGCAUUGGCAUUGGAAAAAUUCGUUACUCAAACUUGCAACAUAUGUCAGCUCUGCAAACUCACAAGGUGA